CCUCCGCUGGGGAGAAUGGAACUUCGGGAGACAGUUUGGGGGUUCCUGCCUGUGAACAGCUGGGGCAGGUGCUGGCUUCCCGUGGAGGGAAGUGACCCUUUCCACCUAGUCCCUCAGGUAGCCCCAGGUCUCCUUGGUGCCCAGACCUGGGCUCAGGUGUGCUGGGCAGGUGAAACACCAGCCUGCCUUGGGGAGAUGCACCCCAGUCCCAGGCAGGGGUCCCUGCAGGGCUGGGGCAGGUGUGCAGGUACAGCGUGGGCCCCACUCCCACAGAGGGAGCUGGGGACAAGUGAGGAAGGUGGGCCAGCACCUGGUGUGGAGGGAGGGCUCACACGCACUUUCCCUCCUCCUCGCUGGUGGAGGGGCUCCCUGGGCAUUCAGCCUGGCAGGUGGGCAGUCUGCACAGGAGCCGGUCACCGGGACGCAGGGCAGGGCUUCUCUGUCGAGCUGGUGCCCUUCGUUCAGCAGUCCGGCUGAACGCCGCCACGGCCGCCCCUGCGCCCUGCUCCUCCGACGAGCGCACCUUCAUCUGUCCACGGUCACAUCGCCACGCUCCACGGACAAGGUCGCUCCUGAGCAUCUGUGCCUCGGACAGCACCGCGUGCCGGGACAGCAGCGGGGCCUUGCCGCCAGCUCCCUCCCUGCCCCGGUGCCGGCGGGCGUCAGCCGCCCUGGGAGCUGCGAUGCAGGAGGAGGCUGAGUCACAGCGGAGGGCUCGCCCGCAUUGUCUGCCGCUCCUACCACCGGAGUGUCCUUCCCUGCACAGAAAGAGACUGUGCAAGUGUGUGGGCGUGUGCACAUACAGAAAUCUGCCAGUGACCUGCUUUGGAAACAAAGUCUCUGCAGACGCAGCCAGCGUGAGAGGGCCCGUCGGGGCCACGCUGGACUCUGCGUCUUCCUGGGGAAAGGUGCAGGCCCAGGCCACUGGCGGGUGGAGGCGAAGCUGGAACGACACGUCUGGAAGCACUGCCGGUCGGUCACCAUCCGGCUGCAGAGAGGCUGGGGACAUGUGCCCCUUGGGUGCCAAGAGGGAACUGGCCCCUGGCGCCGUCCCUAGAGACAGCACAUGCCCGGAGCGUGGAGCCCCCCACUCGCUGUCUGUGGUCGGGCUGCCCUCGGAGACUAAUGUGGACAGCGGGUCAGGUGUGCCUCGGGCGGUUGCCUGCCCAGUCGGGGCCCCUGCAGCCUCAUCCUCCCCGCCGGUCACUGACUGGGGGCCAGCCCAAGCCGCCUCAUGGCUUCCUGACCACGGCCAGUCACGGAGGCCGGUUAGCCUUCCUCCACUCUGGCCACACACAGAGGGGCCCGGUGCCCCUGUCCCGCAGCCUGGGGACCGCAUGGCUGAGGCAGAGCCGGGACGGCAGCGGGCAGAGCAGGAUGAUUUGCAGGGAUGGAGUGGGACCUGCCCUCCUCCAUCAGCCCCCGAGCUGCCUCCCUGCAUCCAGUUCAGUUGCCGUCGGCAGCAGGCCUCUCCAAAGAAACAGAGCCAUUGGUGCAGAGAAGAAAGGAGGCCUGAAGGAACCGCUGAGGAGGCUCUGGGGCACACAGGUCCCUCCAGGAGCCGCCUGUCAGCUGGAGUCUUGGGGAGCUGGUGCCAGACAGGGGCUCCCAGCUCAGCUGUGCAUCCUCCACCCGCCCUGUUUGAGCGCUUGCGUUGGGUGAGGCUGUCUGCUGCCCGACCCCGCUGCCAACCUCAUCUGAGAAGACCCUCACCGACCCACCCAGAAUAAUGUUUAGCCAACACACAGGCACCCCGGGACCCAGCUGGGUUGAUACAAAAAUAAACAUUGUGGUUCUUAAAGGUCAGCAAUUCGACCCCACAGAGCAGCUCUGAGCUCUGGGCUCCUCCGAGUCAAACUCAGCCGGUGACAGGGAGGCGCUUGUGCUCUGGUACUGGACACGGCCUGCCAGGGGCAGCUGUGCAGGUUGUGCCCCGCAGGGCGCCGUGGCUGGGGCCGAGCUGGCCCUGGUCUUAGCUGUGCAUUCUCAGCCCUUCUGCUCACGGUCCCAGAGGAGGCCCCUGGCUCCAGCUGGCCUGGGAGGCCACCCUGAGGCCGCCCCCAGCACCACACCCCCGGCAGGUGAACACAUCCCACAGCCUCAUGGGCACAGCGGCAGGGCGCUGGCUUGGAGGCAGGCUUGCUGAGUGGGCACCGGCAACUGGGCACUCACCGCCAAGGCCGGGCCCUGCUCCGGGCAGCUGGGCAGUGGAAGAGACCAGCUCUCAAGGCCCUAAACAGUGACCAAAUGUGUCACCUCACACAGCCCAUGUGGGGAGGUGGGAGGGGGGACCAGUGGUGGCCUGUGGUCCCUGUGGCUCUGGGGGUCCCCUGCUGGUGGCUGUCAGGGCUGCAGGCGCCCAGAGCCACCAGCAGAUCCCAGGGGCUGCCUGGCUUAGCCCAGGGCCCAGGUAGUCAGAGCCCAGCAGCGUCCAGCUCGGAGCAGAGAGGGACCCCCCCAGGGCCAGGGCCCCAGGGAGAAGCUGGCGGUAGAGCCUGCAUCACACGGACUCGCAGCCGCAAAGCCGGAGGCAGCUCCCCACUGGCCCUUGACGGAAACGUCUGCUGCCCCUCGUGGGGCUGCAGCAGAGCUCACCUCAAGCGACCCGGACGGGAGGGGGUCUGAGUGACACCGGGUCCUGUUAGCACCUGGCGGUGCCUGCUGAAGCCACGGAGGCUCGGUUCCCCUGCUCGGCCUGCUCGCAACCAGGCAGGGAGGCCGCUUGUCCCGAGUCCCCAGCACGGGAAGUGGGAGUGAGAGACAGACCAAACUCAACAGAAACAAGAUAACAGGGGCAGAGGGGCCGGAGCCCCCCAGGGCUGAUCGCAGAAUGCAGGACCAGAAGGGUCAUGUGAAAGUCUCCGGACUGAAUACUCUGGCUCCAGGGAUCGGUCCACUCGGAAGGGACUGCAGCCAGACGUGAAGUGGCUUCAGCACCUGCAGUCGGGACAGAACAGGACCCCGGCGGCCUUGGCUAGCAGACACGGGCAGGUGGGAGGGAGGGAGACCGUCGCUGCCCCAGGGGGCCGGCCCCCAGGCUGGGGCCCUGGGACGGAGAGGACACACGGGGCUCUCUUGCCGCCGUGAGACGUGCGUGAGGAGCAGCGUGGUCGUCAUCGCCGGGGAGCGGGGUCACACCUGUCCUCCAGUUUGUCCGCGUGGUCGCCCCCGCACAGCCUCUCUGUGUCUCACUGGACCUGUCCUCCCUAUGUGACCGAGCGCCCACCAUCUGUCCCCAUCCACCCACCAGCCCCUACUCGUCCCCCUCUGUCCUCCCGGCUCCCGUCUGCAGGUUCCACUCGCCCUUCCAGCACCUGCCACCACACAGCACCUUAAAAACUUGAGGGGGCACAUAUAUAAAAAGUGAAUUUUUCUUUUAUGAAUUCAAGUUCACACCAAGGGAUUUAAUUUACUUAUUGUUAUUUUAAGCCACUAAGCAAUGUUUAUAGCAUUAAGUGAUUACAUAAGAAAAGAAAUGUCUCAAAUAGAACCAGAGAGACAGCAAACUAAGGCCCAAGUAAGCGGAGAAAAGGGGACAAUAAAGAGCAGAAAUCAAUGAAAUGGAAAACAGAAAAUAAAGAAAAUGACAAAACCAAAAACUGCUUUUUUAAUUAUCAAAAAUAUUGAUAAACCUAUAGCCAAAUUUAUCAAGAAAAAGCACACAGAUCACCAAUACCAGAAAUGAAAGAGGGCAUUUCAUACCGAUCCUAGAGACAUAAAAGGAAUGAAAAAGUUUUUAAAAAAUCAUUUCAGCUUUAUUAAGGAACACUUUUCACACCAUGAGAGGAGCGACCUGUGGGGCAUGACGUGGCCGGGUCUAUGCCAGCAAAUCUAGAGAGCGCGGGGACAGUCUCCUCAAAGGACACCGCUGCCGCUCACUCCAGGAAAAAAAUAACACAGACGGCCCUAAAUGUGUUUAAACAUUAAAGUCUCAUCAUCUCCCCAGAAAGAACACCUCCACCCUGGGCGGGCCGGCAGGUGAGCUCCGCCAGGUUCCUGAGCAGGCAACACGGCCGGCUGCGUGGCCUCUUACAGCAGGCGGAGAAGGGGGCCGCCCCGCUCAUUUUACACCAUCAGCCCCCAAACCCACUAAAACAAGGCAGAAACGUCGCGCGGAGAAAACUGAAAGCGAGGCCCCUCAGGGUCACGGACACAGGGCAGAGCGCGUGGUCCUCCUGCCCCCUCAGCUGCAAGAGCGGCUUUGUCUUUCCCUCCUGCAGGUGCCCCCGGCUGGUCCGUGCCCCCCCCCGCGUCUGUGCCACCCAGGGGGGCAGGUCUUCCUGUGUUGCCACAGGCAGGUGGGGGUGCUGUUCCCCAGGAAGCCACUGUGGGAUGACCGCAGGGGAGUGACCUGCCCCGCCCAGUGGACCGGCCUCCACGUGUCUGUGUGGGCAGAGCCGGACCCCACUCCCAGGCCCUGGGGACACAGCGUGGGCCUUGGUCACAGGCAGCGGAGUCAGCCACCACAUGGAUGACUGAGAAAGAAAAGCCGU